GCUGCGUACUAACAGGGUCUUUGAGAGAGCGUGCGGUUGACAUUGUUAAAGCGAUGAGUUUAUCUUCCGUUUAGGAAGAGAAGCCACUGAAUCUCAGAAACAUCAAACAACUGGGAAAUACGGAACUGGUCACUGGUGGAAGAUUUUUCAUCAGAUUUCAGGAAGAAAUCUACUCAACAUUCCACGUCAGAUUAACCAACAAUAUGACAGAAAAGAAAGCAAGAACAUCCAGUCAGAGCUAAACCACAGCACUUGACAAUAUCGUCUUAACUGCAGGCAGUAGGAUAUGUUAAUAUGUGACUGUACAAAUUUCUUACCAGCCCCAACCUAUCAAUACUUGCAUUAAAUAAAUGGAAAUGAUGUCUUCUGCAGACUCCCUGCACCACACAUCACUUCUGGCUGAAAGGGCAGGCUGGAAAUCCUGCAAUAAAAACAAAGUGCUGAAAUACGUAGCAGGUCUGGCAACAUCUGUGGAGAGAGGAACAGAGUAAUUUUGAAUCGAAUACGAUUCUUCUUCAGAGCAGAAAACUGGUGCUGUGUCUGCUUGGAUUGCAUCACAAACUAAGGAAAUACUGAUGGUUGUGCCUUUACAUGACAGUUUAAGCUUUGGAGCAGUGACAAGAUUGUUAAUCUUCAGAGACCAAAAAAUGGGACAAAGGACCAGAAGAAAGUGAGGCGUAGCACAUUCUCUGGUUCUGAAAGGUCUGUGGCAAUCGUUUCUGUGGAGGAGAACUAACAUGUUAGGAAAAUACGUUGGCAAGGUGCUGGGAUUCGCAGGCUUUACUAUUCAAUAUGGCUGUAUUGCCCACUGUGCCUUUGAAUACUUAGGAGAAAUUGUCAUGUGUUCUGGUCCUUCCAUGGAGCCUACCAUUAAGACCUAUGAUAUAAUCAUCUCUGAGAAACUCAGUCGACAAUUUUAUCGCAUUGAAAAAGGUGAUAUAGUAAUUGCUAAAAGUCCCAAUAAUCCUAGGAUGAAUAUUUGCAAACGAGUGAUUGGUCUAGAAGGAGAUAAAGUGUGCACUGGUGGUCCACUAGAUGUUUAUAAGAGCCAUAGAUAUGUACCAAAAGGUCAUGUUUGGUUAGAAGGUGACAAUCUACAUAACUCCACUGAUUCCAGGAAUUACGGGCCCAUUCCUUAUGCAUUGAUUCGGAGUCGAGCAUGCUUUAAGAUCUGGCCACCACAUGAAUUUGGUUUCCUGAAAGAAAGCCCCAAUAGCACUUUCCCACGAUGAAUUAAAGAUAUGGCAACGGUUUCAUUCUCAGUCAAACAGAGUAUUUUUUAUUUAAAUACAACUCAAAAACCAAAGACUUCACAAGCAAUCAAUAAAUCACAGGUGGUGAUUUUCGAAAGCAAUGUCCUGUAAUCAGAACUGUGUACAAUAAUAAAGAUAAAUACAUGCUACAGAAGGGAAUGUGAGGCACACAGGAGGUGUCGGAAAGUCGUGGACAGUGAAUUUCUCAGGAUGGAUUGGGAUGAAAGAAUGGUCGUUUUCUGAAAAUGAUUGAGGGUAUUUCAGACAGGCUAAGGCUGAUUGCAGAUGAUCACAAAGAAAGGAGUCAUGUUCCAGCAGCUGGGACCGCAAUGAUGCCUAAAGCAUCUGAUGACUAGUGGUGGGAGAAGGUGCAGGUUUGCUGUUUGCACAAUUGAAGGCCCAUGUCUAGUUUUAUAUGUCCACACUGCCUGAAAUAACAUGCAGAUAUGAUCUACUAUUAAAUUAAAAUCUCAAAUGCAGUUGAUGUUUGAAAACCAAUUAUGGACUACAAAAGAUCUUCUAGAUGACCCAAUACCUGGAGUAUGUACUUUUGUGCUCCCUCUGUCUGUAACUAUCUGAUUGAGUAGAAACCCAAAAUUAUAUUUGUCAACUAUUUUCUAGUCAGGAGACAACUUAGGGACAGAAGCUGAGGAUCCACAGUUGACAAUGAAACAGCUUUUGUAUACCUCUUCUCCCCACAUUUACAGGGCGAAAGUGAAGUCAAGAACAGGCAGUAGGUCAUCUGCCCUGUAAAAAGUACAGUUAAGAGUCAACCACAUUGCUCUGGGACUGGAGUCCCACACAGGAUAAGGGUAUUAGCAAACCAGUUGGGUUUUUAUGACAAUUUGACAGCUUUAUAUUCAUUUUAACAUAUAAACUUUUUGUUUAUAGAAUUAUCUUUUUAAACUGAAGUCAAAUUCUCUAACUGUUGUGGUGGGAUUUGAAUUCCUGUUCUCUGAAUUAUUAGCUCAGGCCUAUGGACUGCUCAUCCUGUAACAUAACCACUAGACUACUGUCACUGCCCCCCCAACCCCCACAUUCCACAUGUGCUGCUGUUGUCUGAGAUCACAGGAAAUCAUCAGGGAUGAAAGUUAUUCAGCUUUAGGUUUAAAUUGAUCAUUGCUCAGGAUUAGUGCUGGGCAGAUCCUGAAGUUUAGUCCCUAACCAGAAAAUAUAUGACAAUGUUUUUGGUUCAGUAUUUGGCUCUGGUACUCAAAUUCCGCAUGUUAUGGUAGGACUUAGACCUCGGGAUGCCUUAUCUCGUGUUUCUGUGCUUCUACACUGAGUAAUCCCCAUAAUUUCAAAUUCCUUCAGGGUUUUGAGUUUUGAUUUCUUCUGUUGUGGGCCUCUUGCUUUUUGUUACAGAACCCUAUUCAUUGGAAUAUAAUCUGCCAUGUUUAUAAUGCCAAAAUGGAAGGUGAAAUCAGCAAUAAUAGAUAAUGUGUUGCUCCAAGCUGGACUUCAUCUGUCUGGCUGGAACCUGUCCAGGUACCAGACAAAAUCCUAUAUAGACAGCAUAUUACUGGACUGAAUGGGCUGGCUCAUUCCCACCCCCAAACCAGUGAACCCCACCAAAAUGCCAGUGACUGUUUAUAUCUGCUAGCACUGGGCCUGCCAUCACUACCUUUGCUCUGUCACUAACCUCUGAUUGUUCAUGCUAGAAUAGGUAACCUUGUAGAGCAAAUGUCGUCUCUAAUGAUAUUUUCUUCCAUACGAUGUGGAUUGAAGCAUUCAAGUGACUAAAGGAUUGCAGGCACUCUUGCAUACCACAUCUCAUACUGCCUACAUACCUCAAAGUGCCAAAUAUGCUCAGUUGAAUGUUAACUUCAGAUACCAAAAAGGUGCUAUAACAGGGUCAAUGUCAACCAGUUUUUCUCAUUUACGAAUGACUAUACUUGUGAUUGUGGGAUUAAGCUGGUAAAGAACCAACACAGACACAAUGUACUAAAUUACCUCCUUCUGUUCUGUAAACUCCUGUUAGCUUGUGGUUUUUCUUUGGCGUCAGAAAACAUUUUAAAUUUCUGCAUUGAUUUUUGUAGACUUAGAAACCGAAUUGUAGAAAAUUGUGUUGCUCUUCAACAAUAAAAUAUUUGUUAUAUUCAAA